UCUUAUAAAUUACAAUUCGUUGCUUAAAGCACUCUGUGAUUGUGAACAAGUGAACGACUAAAAUCGCUUCGCUUAUUAGUAGUGCUUGGCUGAAAUAUUUUUAAGUGUAUUUAAUUCAAUACUUGUAUACUUGGAAAUUCUAUAAUAAUUUAGAAUAUUGUAUAUAAAUUAUUAUAAUAGUGAACGAACGUUAAAUAUGUGAUAUGUUUAUUCAAGAUUUAGAAUUACAGCUGAUGUUUUGUUUGUUAUUACAUUAAACAUUUAUCUUUCUAUUCAAUAUUGUAUUUCCUAAAUCUGGAAAAUUUCCGUCUUUUCAGUUAAAAGUAGGCCCAUAUUGCCAUGACAACGGUGUUCUAACUAUGAAGUGAUCAUGUCAAAAGUCCUGUCUGCAUUGGGCGGUGCCCUCCCUGAUGAGAGACCUUUACUCUCACUUCAAAUUGUCGAAAGUGUUGCUAAGUGUCCAACAGGGUACUGGCCAGUGAGCAGGACAUAUGAUGAGGAUGCUGAUGCUGGCCUUCUGCGCCAGACAGGCUUAUUUGGAAAGAAGCCGAGUCAUUACAUAUGCUUAUCUAAAUCAGAAGGUGUACCUGGGUACGUUAUGGAUGGGGUGGUAGUAGUGGGUGAGAGAGAAGCGACUCCAGCGGGGUACAGUGUAGCAGGGCGCGCUGGAAAACGACGGUUAUGCACCCGAGUGUCAAGAGUAGUCUCUGCGCCGCAUCCAGCUCCCACUGUGACUGAUGUUAUUGUUUGUUCGAGGAUGCGGUCGGCACCACAGGGGUUUUUACUUGCCGGCGAAAUAAAUGGCAAAGUAGUGUGCUAUAAGGUUAGUGGGGGGAGUGGCGAGACAUCACCCACGCAUCACGCGGAGUAUGAAAAUGUAAUUUCAAAUAACACACCCGAAGCUAACAGGAGGUUACGACAAGUUCCUGAACGCCCACCAAAGCUAUCACCGCUCGUGUCAGACCUCAACAAUUUGAAUCUAAAAUCUCCUACAACGUACCCAAAAAUCGAGGAAUUCACAAGCGAUCACGAUUACGAAGCCCUUAGUCCGUCAUAUAACAUCAAACCAGUGAGACCGGCGCCUCGGCCUCCGAAUAAGUCUCCGAUCCCCCACAGUAGCCCUGGGCCUUUGUCCCCGGGGCCUCAUGGGAGGAAAAAGGGCCCGGCGCCUUUGCCAAAAGCCUCGAAUUAUCAGACCCUCGGUGGUUAUAAUGGAUUAGAGGGCGUUCCGUUUGUACUGAAUUCGAAGCUACGUGGUUUACCGAGGCAUACUUUGAACCAGUUCCCAGUGAUAAAGAAACGAAGUGGUUUUGACUUGGACCGUGAUUAUUCCUAUGCAUUCACCGUGGAGCGACAAACGUGAAUAACUAUUUUAAAUGAAAUACUUUUUUGGAUUACGUGCUAAGGGCCCGCUUAUUCAAUGGUUAACGGACGUCUUGGUUUUCCAAGAAAUAAAAUUCCUUACUCUUUUUUUACGAGACUUUAAUGAGAGGAAAUGUUGCAUGAUGUAGACGUGUAUCACAAUUUCAGUUUCGUACGUACGUACGUACGACUACAACGUUCGUAGCAAGCAUGGUCGUUGGUUGAAUAUUAACUACUCGUAAACCGUAUUUUCUUGAGGACUAAUAUGCGAAAGGUUUUCUAUACAGGACUUUUCAACAGAUAUGAUAUUUAAUUUAAAUACAUAUUACUUAAAUAAUACUUUACGAAGCUCUUAUGUGCGGAAUACCAGUUAGUUAUUGCUACGGAUAGUAUAUAUAGAGAGCGCGUUAGUACGGUGAAUCUACGCAUUAUGAAAAUAAUUGUAUGUCUCGAACCUUUAAUUAUGGUAUAGGUAUUUUUAAAAUGCAAUACUCAAGGGUACGUACGUUAAGGGUAAUACGUUUUCUGUAUAUAUUUCUUCCCUUUUGGGAUAGCAAGUUUAUUAUGUAAUUUUAUUAUUUUAAAUGUUUGUGGUUUAUUAAAGUAUAGAAUACAAAUCAUUUACAAAAAUGAUUACAUAUGAAAUUAUUGAAUUUGUACGAUUGCCUGUUUUAAAUAUUAACGUAUGAUAUUUUUUAAUGUUAUUAUUUAUUUUUAUUGCAUGAAAUGUUGUCGACAUUUAGCGCCGUUACUCUGUAACUUUGGUUAAGAUUGCUGCAUGAGUGCUACGGAUCGUGGUUUGGAAGUUACAGAGUAGCUAAUAGUUUAUGAGGGUAGUGACGUCAAUUAUGUUUAACGCCAUCUAGCGAGCGUGGAUGGUACUUUAUACUUACGUGGCUCGAUCGUUAAAUUGAAGACUUUUAACACUCAUGAAAUAGCCGUAUCAUUAAAUCAUGGAGUGAUAUUUCGAACGUUUAAAAUCCAUAUAUCCAUGGGCUGCGAUGACUGACAUUUUUGGGCGUCUUCCUAUUAUAUAAAAACAAAAUAAAGGCGCUUCUACCAAUAAUAUGUACGGAACAAGUUUAUAAUUUGAUUUUAUAUACAGUUGAUUAAUUCAUUACUUGGACUUAAUUAAUGACUUAAAAAAUAAUUGCAAUUUUACACGUCAACAAUUUUACGAUUCAGCCACGUGUUAUAUACAAAGCUGCAUAAAUUGGUUUCAGUGAAUUUGUAAUUGCGGGGUCCAUGUAUUGUGAUGUGAGGUUAAAGACUGAAACGGAGCUUUUCGAAGCAAAAUAUAUAAAGAAAGUUCAAUUGCAGUUUUAACUAAAGUAAUUUCUCUCUUUUUAUCAAAGCGAAAACACAAUUCGGCAGAAAGAGAAUAUUCGUUUUUAUGAAGAAGGGGUUUGAGGUUUGAGAUUAUUAUAUGAUUCUUUCCCCUAUGUAUGCUAUUUAUUAAGUAUGUAUUUUUAUUUUUUCUGUUUCCAUGCCUUCAUUGUAUAUAUUAAUAGUAUUCAACUGUGCCAAUAAUUUUGAUAAAGUUCAAUUUUACGUAUAAUUCGUAAGUAAUACGACGCAAAUUACCAGGCACAGAGCCAGUCAAUUUUUACCUAGUCAAAUAAGUACUAAGUCAUAGAGAAUGGAGAUAGCCUGUGGUAAAUAUAUAGACAAAACAUCUGUGCUUCACACUUCAUUUACAAAAAUAUUUAUUUCUUUUUUUAAAACUCCUUUGGUCUGUCAAUAAUUUAGGCAGUUGUAAGAUGUUGAUGCGCGUCCUUUAAGAAGUAUGUGCCUUAAUUUAAAUUCGAUAGAAUAGUAAUGGUUAACAAAAUGGCGUCGGUAUUACAUUAGCAAUUUGAAACAUUUUUACGUCCGACGGCAACAUGAAAUGAAAUGAAAAUUACAGCUGGUGAGAGCUAUAGUCUAAUUACUGGUAUUAUUCAAAUCAAUUGUAUUGAAGAGCCUAUUCCAUCAAGGUGUCUAUAUUUUUUUAGUUCAUUAAUAAAACGGUUCUAUUCUCUAUGUCUAUGCAAUCAGAAUGCUAUUAGUGACAAAUUAUGUUGGUUAAUAUACAAAUUAAAUCAUGUUAACCUCUAGUUAGAUUAUUAGGUGGAUAACAAUUUAAAUAUAUUUAGAACUUAGUAAGUACUAUAUAUGUAAGAUCUGGCCCCUCUUAUGUCGCUCAAUCAAUUGCAUGUACUAAAACGAUGAAUUUAUUUUUCGUACAUAUAUUUGGCUAAUAUGCUUUUAUAUAGCAGUAGUAUUUGACAUAUCUAUCAUAAUUAUAGCAUUGCCGUGUUAUGGUGCACAUUAUAUAAGACAUAUACAAAAUAGCUGAAUUAUCCAAUGACGGGUUGUGAAUACAUUGCCCAAAAUAUUCAUUUUUAUCUGUGCUAUGUAAAUUUGUCAAUUUUGUAAAUAUCGUAUAGAAUAAUUUGCACGUAACUUUCUUUUUAGAUGAUGUAAGGUUUAAUAUUUUUUAAAAUUUGAUUGUAGUUUUUUUUCAAUGUUGAAAUAGGCAAAUUACAAGGAAUUUAUAUUUUGUUAAUAGCAAUACUAUUAAUCGAUCGAUCCCUAGAUAUUCCAAUGACAGGAAUAGCCAACAGUAUUGCCAUCCUUGCCGAUUAGAAUAGAAUACUUAAUCUAUUGUUUGUAUAGAGAUUCUCAAAGUUAUUGUUAUGUCCUAAUCUUUGCAAUCGUUUUAUGACGGAUAUUCAUAUUUAAUAAAACUAAUUUUUGUUUAAUCUAGCAACGUCUUAUUGUUACACAAAUAUAACAAGAAUACCUUAAAUUGUAAAUAAUUUCCUUAAAGUAUAUGGUAAUUAGAAAAUACGCUUCUAUACAUUUGUAUCUCAUUUGUUUAGUAAUUACGAAAUAUAAAUUAUUGAAUUUG